CAUAAAUAUAAGACAUAAUAACAACAGUACGACAACAAUGGCGGCGGUACAUCAAGCGAAUUUAUUUUCUCGAUGUGUCGUUCGUUAUACUGACCGCGAAUAUACAAAUUGAACCAAAAAAAUAAUAAUCAAGAUUAUUAAAUUUCAAAAAUAAUGAACCAACAAGGUGAUGAAGGUGCUGAUGAAGGUGAAUCUUCUUCUUCCUCUUCUCCAAGUGUCCAAGACGCUCUAGCAAAUUUCCGUGAGCAAUGGCAGCGAGAGUUAAAAAUAUCUCCGAAAAAAGAAGUACCCAGUCACUCAGCCAAGUCGUCAAUUGACCAUGAACUAUCAACAGAAGAUAGGGCCAAAGAUUUAUUCCUCAAAGGUAUUGAGUACGAGAGAAAUGGAGAGUUGUAUGAUGCAAUUAAAUUUUAUAAACGCGCUGUAUCAUUGGUCCCGGACAUCGAGUUCAGGUUAUACGAGUCUAUGAAACCAAAGAUCAAAGAAAAGGUUGAUAGUAGUGAAGAAAAACAGAAAAUAAUCGUUGAUUCUGGCGAUGCGUAUGACAAUGACGAGGUUGAUGUCAGCGAAGAUGGUGCGCUGGUUGCUAAACUAUCGAGAAUUGUCAAUAGGAAUCAGUGGGUCUGUUUUCCCCGCUUUGAGCAGAGCAUGACUCACAUGUCUGCACUACCUCUGGAGAUAAUUUUGUACAUUUUACGAUGGGUCGUGUCAUCAGAACUAGACAUGCGUUCAUUAGAAAUGUUUUCUCGCGUUUGUCGCGGAUUUUUCAUCUCUGCACGGGACCCGGAGCUCUGGAGACUUGCCUGCGUUAGAGUCUGGGGAGUAAACUGCGGGCAGUAUGAGCCUAGAUAUCGCUCCUGGAGGGAUAUGUACUUAAAACGUCCCAGGUUAAGGUUCCACGGAUGCUACAUCAGUAAAACGACGUACAUUAGACAGGGAGAAAACAGUUUUCAGGAUGAAUUUUAUCGGCCUUGGCAUCUUGUUGAAUAUUUUAGAUAUAUUAGAUUUUUUCCAGAAGGACGAGUUUUGAUGUUAACAUCAACGGACGAUGCCCAAAGUUGUGUUAACGCAUUAAAAUAUCGUAAUCCGCGUAAUCUUUCAGUGCUGGUUGGCCACUACAGGCUUCACGACAAUCGCGUUACGUUGGUGAUGAAAAAACAGGAGAUUAAAAGUAAUAUUAGCAAUAAUUACAAAAAGAAAAAACGAGAAGUUGUACACGAUAGUGGGGAACAAACUUUUCACCUGGAAUUGGAAAUUCAAAGUUUUCACAAGAAAAACAACUGGCAAUUGCCGUGGAUUUGUUACAACAUAUUUACUCAGUACAAAAAUGGCCAACAAGCGACAGCAUGUCUGAAUGUUUACAAUCGUUACCCACCAUUGAGAUUCAGUAGAGUAAAGAGCUACACCCAAGAAAGCGAAUUGCCACUGCAAUAAAUUCAGCUCUUUAAAAUAGUGUUGAUUACACUAGAUUAUUAAUUACCCAGGUAUUGAAAUAUUGUAAUUAGUACCGCAAAAAUAUUUUUUAAUAAUUAAAAGUUUAAAAUUAUUUUAGUCGAGUAAAUAAUUUGUUUUACUAUCGAAGAGAAUUUUAUGGUAACAAUUACAAUUUAUUAUGGGAAUGGUUCUCAUAUCGUAUGGUAACAUAUUUUUUUUUAUAUCGAUUAUAGAAAUGGUAUUCUAUUUUAUUGAAUUUAAUUUACGACCAGACUUUUUAAUUCUUUUGUUUGAAAGGAAUACGGCUUUACUGAUCUGCUUAAUUGACAUAUAUUUAUUGAAAACCUUACUGUCGUAUAAGUAGUUACAUGUGGAUUAAUAUUAUUUAAUGCGCACUGUAAUACUAUACUUGUAUUGUAAGGACUCUUUUAGUCAAAGAUGUUAAUAUUAUAAAUACGGUUUCGCCCCGAAUAUACUUGCUGGGCUCAUCAGUAAAGUUGAUGCAAGUAUAUUCUACUUUAGACCGUUGAAAAGAUGUUAAAAAAAUUGUCGGUGAAUCCUCAAUAUGAUGAUGGUGGUGCAACAAGUUUCCUAGCUUAUUGUCAUAUUUUAAGAGGAUUACGUUGAUUUUAUAUAGCCUUGUAUUAUUUUAUUUUAUUGAAUUUAAUUUACGACCAGACUUUUUAAUUCUUUUGUUUGAAAGGAAUACAAUACAAGUAUAGUAUUACAGUGCGCAUUAAAUAAUAUUAAUCCACAUGUAACUACUUAUACGACAGUAAGGUUUUCAAUAAAUAUAUGUCAAUUAAGCAGAUCAGUAAAGCCGUAUUCCUUUCAAACAAAAGAAUUAAAAAGUCUGGUCGUAAAUUAAAUUCAAUAAAAUAAAAUAAUACAAGGCUAUAUAAAAUCAACGUAAUCCUCUUAAAAUAUGACAAUAAGCUAGGAAACUUGUUGCACCACCAUCAUCAUAUUGAGGAUUCACCGACAAUUUUUUUAACAUCUUUUCAACGGUCUAAAGUAGAAUAUACUUGCAUCAACUUUACUGAUGAGCCCAGCAAGUAUAUUCGGGGCGAAACCGUAUUUAUAAUAUUAACAUCUUUGACUAAAAGAGUCCUUACAAUACAAGUAUAGUAUUACAGUGCGCAUUAAAUAAUAUUAAUCCACAUGUAACUACUUAUACGACAGUAAGGUUUUCAAUAAAUAUAUGUCAAUUAAGCAGAUCAGUAAAGCCGUAUUCCUUUCAAACAAAAGGAAAUGGUAUUCAUACUAAUUAUGGUAAUCAUUCCUAUUCUAUUUGGAUUUCAUUCUUAUACAACUUUGGAAUAGUUCCUAUCAAAUUAUGGUAAUAAUUACCAUAAUAGUAUGGUACUAGUUACCAUAGUAUGAGAAAUUUCUAAGUUCUAUAGUAAUAGUUACCGUAAUAUUAUAAUAAUGGUUACUAUAAGGUAUGGGAAUAAUUACCAUAAUGGUAUGGUAUCUAUUACCAUAGUAUACGGUAACGAUUGCUGUAGUAUUUAGAAAUUUCUCAUAUUAUGGUUACCAGUACCAUAAUAUUAUGGUAAUGGUUACCAUACUAUCAUAGUAAUUGUUACUGUAAUAAUUUGGUAAUUAUUUCCAUGCCUUAUAGUAACUAUUACUAUAAUAUAUGGUAAAGAUUUCUAUAAUAUCUAGAAAUUUCUCAUAUCAUGGUAACCAGUACCAUAAUAUUAUAGUAAUAGUUACUAUACUAUCAUAGUAAUUCUUACUGUAAUUAUCUGGUAUUAUUCGUAUACCUUAUGGUAACUAUUACUAUAAUAUUAUGGUAACUAUUACUAUAAUACUACGGUAACUAUUACUAUAAUAUAUGGUAAAGAUUACUAUAAUAUAUGGUAAAGAUUACUGUAUUAUUUAUAAUUUUCUCAUAUUAUGGUAACCAGUACCAUAAUAUCAUUGUAAUCGUUACCUUACUAUCAUAGUAAUUGUUACUGUAAUAAUCUGGUAAUUAUUCCUAUACCUUACGGUAACCAUUACUAUAAUAUAUGGUAAAGAAUUCUAUAAAAUCUAGAAAUUUCUCAUAUUAUGGUAACCAGUACCAUAAUAAUAUGGUAAUUAUUCUCAUACCUUAUGGUAACUAUUACUAUGAUAUGUGGUAAAGAUUACUAUAUUAUUUAGAAAUUUCUCAUAUUACGGUAACUCUUACUAUAAUAUAUGGUAAAUAUUACUACGUUAUUUAUAAAUUUCUCAUAUUAUGGUAGCCAUUACCAUAAUAUGCUAAUAGUUACCACACUAUCACAGUAAUUAUUACCAUAAUAUCAUGGUAAUAAUUCCCAUACCUUAUGGUAACUACUGUAAUAUACUGUUACGAUUACUAUGAUAUUCAAAAAUUUUUCAUAUCAUGAUAACUAUUACCACAAUAUAUGGUAACGACUACCACAGUAGUAUGGGAACGAUUACUAUGAUAUGGAAAAAUUUCACAUAUGGGAAUAGUUACCAUGAUGAACAGGGCUUAUCACCACACGCAUCUAGGAACCGUUCCUACAUAAAUAUAGAAUUUAUUACUCCGUGACUACAGAAACUAUUCCCUGAGUACGGUAAUCUCUACCACAAUUUAAUUACCAUACGAAACAGGAAUUAUUUCCCUAGUCAUGGUAACUUUACCCACAGCUUACGAGCGUAUAUCCUAUAAUGUCAAGUAAUUAUUACCAUAACAUGGGUUGAUAUUUUAUAAAUCUACUAGUAAUAGUUACCAUAAUUUUCCAAGUACCGUCUCCAGAACUAAUGCACCCAGAAAUCUUCUCAGUUUAGCUCGAGCUCGUAAUUUUUCAUAUUUUUCUUAUCAUUAUAAUAUUUUUUCCUGGGUAAAUAUAAAAAAUAUAUAAAUAGGGAUUAAAAAAACAAAAUAAAUUAUUUUUUAAAAUUUUAUUGGAAGAAAUCGAAACAUUAGAGUUAAAUUAUUGUUUAAUUUAAUAGUAAUAGUUUACAAGUUUUAAAAGAGAGAAAUGUUUUUUUUUCUAUAUAUUUAAAUCACGUCUAAAAAUUCAGGUAUAAAAUAUUAAUAUUAUCUACUAAUUGGUCUAAAUCGCAUUUAAUUUGCGAUUAAAAUAAUCAAAUUAAUUUCAUUACGUCUAUUAAUUAUAAAUAUUAUCCUCUAAAUUUAGUUGAAAUUCAAUUAAAAUUAUCUAGUUCUAUACUUAAAUUUAUAUUGAUUUAAUUCUACUGCUAUUACAGCACGCAAAUUAACAAUUAUUUUUUUCUUCAAAUUUAAUAAUUUGUAAACAAAUUGCAUAAUUGUAAAUAUCAGUAGCUAUUGCGCUACUAAAGCUCAGCUAAAAAAUCCAUGAGUGUAAAUGUAGCAGACAUCAGACAAAUUUAAAAUGGUAAAUAAAUAGAGUAAAUAAUUUUAUAAAAAUGCUCUUAUUAAUUUUUAAAAUUUUUAAAUGCGCAUUUUUUAAAAAAUUUAAUUUCAUUAAUUAUUUAGUCUAUUAAUUAAUAAUUUUAAAUUUAUCUGAUGUCUGCUACAUUCACACUCGUAAUGUAGCAGACAUCAGACAAAUUUAAAAUUAUAAAUAAAUAUAGCAAAUAAUUUUUUUAAAAAUGCAGUGAUCAAUCAUGAUACUGAAGUUAGCAGACGUCUAAUAAUUUUUGAAAUUUAUUUGAAACGAUAAAUAAUAAAAAAAAAAAUAUUUGAAAAAAUUGCACUUAUAGUUUUUUAAAUUUUCUACAUGUGAAUAUUUUUAGAUUUUUUUUUUUGUAAUUUAUUUGUUGAAAAAAAAAAUCCAAAAAUUUUUAGUUGUCGGCUAACUUCAGGAUCAUGAUUAAUUUUUAAAUUUUUUAAAUGCGUAUUUUUUAAAAAUUUCAUUUUAUUAAUUAAUUAGUCUAUUAAUUAAUAAUUUAAAAUUUGUCUGGUGUCUGCUACAUUGUGAGUUUGAAUGGAGCAGACAUCAGAUAAAUUUUAAAUUCUAAAUAAAAAUAGUAAAUAAUUUUUUUUAAAAUGCACUUAUAGAUUUUGAAAUUUUUUAAAUGCGCAUUCUUUA